UUUAAUCAAUGAUUUGGUACUCAUUUAGGCUCAAGAUCCAUGGUGAGCUUCGAGGAUGUUAAUCAAGUAAAUGGAUCAACUCGGCCUUUUUUUCACUCAUUUGAUCACGAAGAGAAUGGUGACGAUGAAUUGGAUGAGUACUUUCAUCAACCCGAGAAGAAAAGGAGACUUACUGUUGAUCAAGUUCAGUUUCUUGAAAAAAGUUUUGAGGUUGAUAACAAGCUUGAGCCCGAAAGGAAAAUCCAGCUUGCAAAGGACCUUGGGUUGCAGCCUCGGCAGGUUGCCAUUUGGUUUCAAAACCGCCGAGCAAGAUGGAAGACAAAACAGCUGGAGAAAGAUUAUGAAGCGUUGCAAACUAGCUUUAAUACCCUUAAAGCUGAUUAUGAUACCCUCCUCAAGGAGAAAGAUAAACUGAAAGCUGAGGUUAAUUUACUUGCAGAGAAGGUGAAAGAGAGGGGGGACUCAGAAUUGUCUGAUAAAGACACAACAUCUCAAGAACCACCAAAAAAGCUAGUUGGUGACUCAACGUCUGAGGGUGAAGCAUCUAAAGCUUCAUUUGUGGCCUGCAAACAGGAAGAUAUGAGCUCGGCUAAAAGCGAUAUAUUCGAUUCAGAUAGCCCACAUUACACUGAUGGAGUUCACUCUUCACUUUUAGAAGCUGGUGAUUCAUCAUAUGUUUUUGAACCAGAUCAGUCGGAUUUAUCGCAAGAUGAAGAAGAUAAUUUAAGCAAGAGCUUAUUGCCUCCAUAUGUCUUUCCAAAGCUUGAAGAUGCUGAUUACUCCAAUCCUGAAAGUUUUGAAGAUCAUGCCUUCUGGUGCUGGUCAUACUAAGUUGGUUAGUUUCGGUAUAUGCAUAUAUACAUACAUAUAUGUAUGUAUAUGUACCUUUGUUGUGUUCAUUCUUGUUGGGGGCUUUGUUGUGUUCAUUCUUGUUGGGGGCUUUGUUCUGUUCAUUCUUGUUGGGGGCAAACUACAAAUAAGCAAUAAAUCCAGCUAAUGGCUUUCCAAUAGAAAUGUGAUAUUGGGUUUUGCUUGCAGUUGGAACUGAUGGUUUUUUGCCCUGUAAUCUUCAUUUUGUGAGGGGGUUUUUAGAGUUAUGCAGAUUGUAAUUAAAUAAUAUCUUCUUAUUCCAUAAUCAAGUUUCAAA